GUUUGUAGGCAAGCGCGAUGAUGUUUCGCAACGAGACCUAUUUUUUACAAGACCUGAUAAAAAUAUUUACAUAAAACAACCUAAUAUUAAAGAACAAACGAUAGAAGAAGAUGCGAAAUAGGCAAAUCUCAAUAUCAAUUUUAUCAGUUGUUCUUAUCCAGCUAGAUUUUGUGUUGGGUGAUUGGGAUAGGGACUUCGGUGGAUCUUAUCAAUACAACAACGGAGGACCAUUCAAUAAUAAUUAUCAACCACCUUAUCAACAAUCAGGAACAUCGUACAAUUCAUACCCACCUUCUUAUCCAAAUUCACCAACUAUAUACCCAAACCCAUCUACUCAUCCUUAUUAUCCAUAUCCUCUACCAACAGUUAUAUCGUUAGAUGGGAAUAACAACAACAAUAAUGGAAAUAAAAACAAUAAUUACGGUAAUAAUGAUAACAGUUUUAAUAUGCUUGAUUUUCUUUCUUUAUGGAUCGGUAGCCAGAACAACUGCCCCACAUACGUCCCGUAUCCUAUACCAAUUCCAGUACCGUGUAUGUGCGAUGGCGACUAUCCAUGGCCUGACGUGUUCAAUAAAGGUAAUUGGGAAGAAGAUGGUUGGUAUGCUGGAAGCAGUUUUAUUCCUAAUUCUGACUCAAGUUCUGGACGGGGCAGAAAGAGAGGAAGAUCUAGAAGGAAAGGUAAAUCUAAGAAAAAUGGCAACUCGAACAAACAGCAAUCACAAAACAGUUCGAACACAAAAAACAGACAGGCCUCGGGUAAAGGGCAAGGCACUCAAUCGGGGAAAAAGGCUGUCAAAAAUAAACCGCAGAUUAUCAGUACUGAUGAGUACGAUGACCAACAAAUUAGUGCAACGAUACAAGCAGGUGACAACAUUGUCACAAUCAGUUGCUCAAAACCUGAUAAGGAUUACGAUUACGAGGAUUACAGCGACGAGGAGGAGCAAUGCAAUGAGAGUUGCGGCAACAAGAAAGUUAUUCGAACACACAUUGUUAUUGAAACAUCGAGGUAAU